AUGGCUGAUGAGUCAAGUGAGUCAUUGUUGGACGGGCAGGCCAUAUCCUCUUCAUCCAAUAUGGUCACAAACAGGCCCGCUCAUCUGGAUGAGCAACAUCGAUCGUUUGGGUUAUCGUCCAACACCACAACUACAUCUUCAUCUCAUCGGGCCUCUGCGGCUGAUGAGGCCAAUGAGUCAGUCCUGGACAGGCAGGCCAGAUCCUCUUCAUCCAACCUGUCUGCAGACAAAACCAUUCGUCCGGAUCAGCAACAUCGACCAUUUGAAUUGUCUUCCGAGUCCACGCCUCUUCUGCAUCGCCGUGAUGAUAUAAAUACUACGUACGGAACAGAACAUAGACAAUCUAGGUCAUCCUCAUUUGUGUCUCAUGGAGAAGAAUCUCCGGAUGACGGGUCUACCAAGAGGAGUCGAGUACGAUGGCCAACAAUCAUAUCCCUCACACUGUUGACUACUGGAGUCCUGGCGAUCCUGGUAUUUGCCUUUGCCGCACCAGCAGUGGUCAAAGAAUAUGGCCAGGGAGCUGCUGUCUUUCAACCUAGUACACUCUCAAUUGAUUCGACAACUCCAGAUGGGGUCCGGGCCAGGAUCCAGGGCGACUUUGUCAUGGACUCAAGCCGUGUGAAGAGCAAGACGGUCCGCAAUUUCGGCCGUUUUAUGACUUGGAUUGCAAGGGAGGUCGAAACCGGCCCAUCAGAAGUCGAUGUAUACCUACCAGAGUACGGGAACGUCUUGAUUGGAAGCGCAGCGGUGCCGAACAUUAAAGUGAACAUUCGCAACGGCCAUCACAACAAGCUUGACUUUUUGACCGACCUUAAGGCCGGAGACAUAAAGGGUAUUCAUGCAAUUGCAAUGGAUUGGAUCGAGGGUAGAUUGGCUCGUCUUAGAGUAAAGGGCAAGACGUCGCUACAACUGAAAUCAGGCUUACUACGCCUUGGAACCCAAGUCUUGACAGAUACCAUUACAUUUGAAGAAAACGAUUUUCCAGCCUUGCCAGACAUCAAUCUUGUCAAGUUGAACGUGCAUGAUGGAGACAAUGGAACGAUGGAAGUCGAGGCUGUAUUGGGUGCCAUGCUCCACUCCCCUGUUGCCAUCACGAUCCCUCCUCUUGGGUUCGAUAUCCUUGUACCCAAUUGCUCUCCGGGUGAUCCGAAUAUCCUCGCCGCUAGCGCACGAAGUGGAGAGAUUCACGUCGAGCCGAAUCAACUCACCAAUGUGAGCGUUCAAGGUCUGGUCAAUAAUCUUCCCCAGGAGUUGGUCUCCGUCUGCCCUGGGCAGAAAGGCUCUCCCCUGGACUGGUUGGUGACCAGCUAUAUUAAAGGCAUCGAAACCACAAUAUACGUACGUGGGGCAGACGCACCAUCUCCUCAGACCCCAGAUUGGCUGGUAGAUCUUUUGCGCAGCGUGACAAUUCCUCUGCCCUUCACCAACCAUGCCCUGGACAAUCUAGUGAAGAACUUCACCAUGAAGGACACACACUUCUCUCUUCCUAGCCCAUUCGCAGACCCAGACAGUCCCGAAGGAAAACCCACCGUGUCUGCGUUGGUCAAGUGUCUGGUGGCCCUUCCAGAGCAAAUGAACCUCCACGUGGACGUUCCUCGUGUUCGUGCCUUCACAGACGUCUUCUACAAUGGCAAAGAACUCGGAAAGUUGAACAUUGAUAAAUGGCAGGAUUCCAACUCAACACAGGUGAUAGAUGAGGAUGGCUCCCCUGCGAUGCUUGUAGAAUUUGCCGUCAAGGACGCACCGUUGCAGGUCACGAAUGAUGGGGUUUUGUCACGCCUUGUUCAGGACAUGCUUUGGGGUAGCGAGGAAGUUAUCUUGCAUGUGGAUGCAAAGGUAGAUGCAAAGGUCUCAACCGGCUUGGGACAAUUUGCUGUUCGGGGAAUUCCUGCAGAUGGAAAUGUCCCCGUCAACAGUGUGUUUUCAUGA